AUGGUGCGCUGUUGUCGCUCUGCGCUCCGACUCCUGCUCCGGCGAUGGCGACUCGCCGGCGAAGACCUCGUCGGCUGGUUCCCCACGGUUCGCCCUCGCCUGUUAUCCGACACCGCGCCCUCGCGAAGACUGGGUGGAGCGGUGGUGGUCGUCCGUCCCGCUCUUGGCCGUCGAAUCCCGGUCGCCCCAACGGUUCUUCCNGCCCUCGCGAAGACUGGGUGAAGCGGUGGUGGUCGUCCGUCCCGCUCUUGGCCGUCGAAUCCCGGUCGCCCCAACGGUUCUUCCAGCUCUUGGACACCGGAGCCGCCGACCUACUGGAAUCCUUGUCCUCUCCAGAACCAUGUGCAGGGCGUGAAGAGGCCUGCCGGGGGGGCUUGUAGAUCGUGCUUGAAUCGUUGGUCGAAGCAGCACGAGCAAGAGGCAGCUGGAGUCCUUCCUCCUGGGUCACCACCGACGUUCCUUGAGGACCUUCAUGAAAGGUGGCACGACGGAGAGCGAACAACAGCUGGAACACGGACUGCCGCGAAGAAGGCGCAAGUUUCGCGAGGUACGGUGUGUGGUAGAUGUGCCCGAAGGCAACGGUGUGCGGUGGGGGGAAUUGUGCACGGACAAGUUGUUUGAUGCCAGCCCAUGCAAAAAGAGCUGCCAAUU